GUAUAUAUCUACACAACACACACUAAUGCAAAAACUUCAUAUGAUCUAAACUAGUAUUUGCAUAAGUGUGUAUUUUUAUAAGUUAUUCUUUUCUAUUUUAUUAUUUUUUUUAUUUUUACAACGUACAAAAGUUUAUUCCCAUGUUAACAAAAGUAUUUUAAAAAAUAUCUCAUGAAAUUAUAAAUAAUUAUAAGCAGUUAUUUUUAACCUAAUAAAAUUGUGGUCUACAAGUGAACAAAUAAUUUCUGUAUUUAUAUGUGAAAAUCUAGAGAGAAAGGAUUUAUUUUUGAAUACCUAAAUCAGCUGCGAGAAGCAUCUGUCUAGGGCAUAAAAGCUAACAUAUUUUUAAAGACUAUUUUUGACUUGUUUAUUUUUUUGUGAUGGUUGUUGCACAACUAUUUUGUAAGUUUGAGUAAUAAAUAUUAAUAAUUAUAAAAUGUCAGAUAAAGUGAAUAAUAUUGAAAACAAUGAUGCCCAAGGCAUCAUUAUCAACGAAUUUCUUGAUGAUAUAAUUGAUCUUUCGCAUGUUAAUUUUGAUGACAAUGAAAGAUGGUUGCUGUCAGUGAGUGACAGAACAUCAUCAUCAAGUGUCGAAGAUCUUCAAGCUUGGUUAAAAAAAGAUUUAUCAAUAAGUUCACUUGAUGAUUUGUCAAAUGAUACAACUAAAACAAUUGACACAAGAACUUUUACUAGACCAAAAAAAAAUGGAAGAAUGAGUUUGGAAUCAAUAAUAGAAAUAACAUCACCAACAAGUAAUAAUGUUUGGAAAUUGAAUUAUCAACAAGAAUCAUCGAUAAAAAUAAAUAAUGAAAAUGAUGAUAAAAAUCUAAAAGACAAAGAAUAUAUACCAGCAAUGUUGAGACCAUCAGUGUCAGGCACGUUAUUAACAUCAUUGUCAUCAUCAAAUGGUCAAGAAAGUCUUGAUGCAUUUUUAAAUAUGUCACAAUCAAAUGGUAUUGAUUCUUUCAUUAAUUUAACACCUGAUUUUAACGAUGCAACAAUUAUGAACACAUCAAGACCAUUUUUUUUAGAUACGUCAACAACAGAUAUUGAUAAGAUUGAUGAAAAUGAAAUUAACAAUAAUAAACUCAUUAACAAUGGAUUGAAAUAUUCACAAUGUAACGAUGACAUUGGUGAUUGUUCAGCAAUGGCUGAUUCACAAAUUUUGACUGAAUCAAUGAUGCAAACAAGUAUGUUUAGUGAUGUUUCUGAUGUUUAUGGAAGUAAUCCAUUUUCAAAAGAUUGUUUGGAUAAUUCAAAUGGUGAAAUUGACAAUAGUUUUCACAGUAAAACUCUUACUAAUGCAAAUAGUACUUUCACGUCUGAAUCGUUAAAUGUAUUGUGUAAAAAAAAUAAUGAUACUUUCACUGAAUCAUUGAAUGUUUUUAAUGGUAAAAAUUUUGAGACCUUGAAUUCAUUUUCAAAAAAAAAUAAUGCUACAUUUACUGAAUCGGUUGAUGUUUUAUCAACAAAAUAUAACAAAACUGUUGAUACAUUUUUAUCAAAUAAUAUGUCAAUAGAAAAUGAUGAAACAUUUAUUGAAUCACAUGAUACUUUUACAACAAAACAAAAUGAUACAGUUAAUUUAUUAACGUCCAAAAAUAAUGAGACAUUUACUGAAUCAAUAAAAAGUUUGUCAAAAAAAAAUAAUGAAACAUUUACGUCAAGUGAAUUAAAAAGUGCAUUAUCAACACCAUCUGUUAAUAAUAGAAAAUCAUUAAAUGCUAAUACUACAUAUGAUGCUGAUUUGCCCAAUCAUUUGAGCUACAUUGUAACAACAGAUUCAGACUCAUAUUAUUUAGAAGAAAAUCAAGACAUAACUGACAGUAUUCAUUUAAAAUUAUCUCCAAACUCAACAUUCGACUGUCCUAAAAAUCAAGAUGAUGAUGGUGAUGAAAAUGAUGACGAUGGUGAUGAUAAAAAUACGACAUUUAGAUUAACACAUGAUAUUAAAAUACCAUUUUCAAAUCUAAAAACGAAACAAAUGAAAAUAAUCAUCACUAAUUUUAAAGAACCAAUAUCACUGCCUGCAAAUCGUUAUCAAACAUAUCGAAAAAAUCCACUUGAUAAUCAAGGACGUUCACUUGACAAUAUAACUGCAGAAAUAAAAACAACCUCAACAACUACUCAAUUAUCAAAAUUAAAUCGACAAAAUACAUUAACAAAAUUACCACAAACAUUACAAAAAUCAAAUCCAAAUUUAUUGUCAAAUCAACGUAUCUCAGAAUUACCAAAAAUAUCAAAUUUUGGAUUUAAUCAUGGUAAAAAAUUAAAUGAUAAAAAAUCAUCAUUAUUUACAAGUAAAUUACGACCAAUGAUGAAAAUAAAAUGUGGAUCUGAUGCAAGAUUAGAAAAAACUGGUACAUUAGCAUGUGGUUCAACUGAAAGUAUUGCUAGUACACACAGUGCUCCUGAUCUUGAUGAUAGACUUAGUGAAUGUUCAGAUAGUAGUCAUACAUCUGGUGACUAUUGUCAACCAAGAACAAUGACAAUAAAUAAUAUUAAAUGUGGUAACGCUCAAAGAAAUAUUGUACAAAUUGUUUCAACACCAAAACCAGAUAAAAAUAUCAUGGAAAAUAAUUGGAUGGUAUCACAUAAUGAUCUUCCUUCACCAAUAUUAAAAAAUGAUGAAGGUCUUGGUAGUCGUGGAAGUUCACCAGCAAGUGGUGAAUCUACUGUCAAAACAAGCUCACCAUUAUUAAGUCCAGCUGAAUCGUUACAGUCAUUUCCUAUUAAUUCAGGAAAUCCUGUAAGUGAUGAUAAAAACAUUCAUCGACCACCCAAAAGUUCAGAAAAAAAAUCAGUGAUAUUAGCAAAACCAGUCAAAAAAUUUGAUACUCAAAGUGGUAUACGUCCACCAUCCGGUAUUCGACCACCUAGUGUGUCAAGUGGAAUACCUCGACCAGCAUCACGAAUACCAGCUCCAAGGUUUUCACGUCCAAUUACAAGUACUCUUAAAAAAUCAAAUUUUUGAUAGAUUUCAAAUAUAUAUUAUUACAAUCAAGACUAUUUUUAUUAAAAAGGCCAAAAUUAUAUACCAGACUGCUGUGAGUCAUUUUUUAAGAAAAAAAUCGAGUCAUUUUGUUAUCUCAAAAAAAAAAAAAAAAAAAAAUACAAGGAACUUGAAAAGUUAAUAAUAAACUAUAUUAUUUUUAUCAAAUAUUAAUAAACGAGCUUCCGUAAAAUUGUUAAAUAUUAAACAUCAGGAAUUGACAAAGUUUUUUUAAACGUGACCUUCGAGAUUAAGAUUUUGCUUAUCAUCCGUCCUAGUUUUCACAAACAUAUCAAUAAAAAUAAAUAAUAAUAAUAAUAUUAGUGAGCAACGUAUUUACUGUUGCGUGGGUGUAACAUACCAAAUUAAGUAAUAUCAAUCUGGUCGCUUGUGUUUAUAUCAAGUUUCGAUACCGUGAUGUGAAAAAUAAAAAAAUGAAUAACAUAAAAUAGUGGGUGUCACGAGGUCAUAUUAAAAAUAACUUAGGAAUUAAAUAAACUGUAAUCUCAAAAAAAAAAAAAAAAA